UUCUGCUCAUUUUUGUAUAAAGAAUGGUUAAAGCGAAACUUUUUAAGGAUUGGAAACAUCUUUUGCUAGAGCUAUGAAAAAAAAGAGGAUUUCAAUGCACUGUGUUUUAUUUAUGUAUGUACUUAUAAAAGAAGGAACAACUAAAAUAAUGAGUGAAAAUAAAAAAGAGAGGAAUGAAUAUGAAGAAGCAAAAUUGUGGAUAAAAUCAGCGCAUAACAAGUAUAUAUCAAGACUGUUAACCUCGUCAUCAAUUGUAUUCGAUUUAGAGGGAAAUCCUCGUAGAAUUAUUAAAUAUGGAAGUAAGUGGUGUGGAAAGCAUACUGAAACUAAAGAUAGAUCGAGUGUAUCACAAAAUAUGGCUGAUUUAGAGUAUUGUUGCAACCAACACUACAAUUGCCCUCAAAAAGUUCAUUUUAACCAAGAACAUUGGAAUUUCAAGAACAACUUUGGUUUUACUUUAAAUGACUGCAAAUGUGAUGAUAAGUUUUAUCAAUGUCUCAAAAAGAUUGAAGGGAUCGAAGGAUAUGCUGCACUAGCUGUGGGAAGAGAAUACUUUGAUAUUUUAAAAUCUCCAUGCCUGUUAGUUCCGCAAAACCAAUUUUCUAUGGACCAAAAGCUGAAUAUUAUCACAAAAUACAGUUCUUCAAAUCUGGCAAUAUUAGAAACCUCUGAUGAUUUUUAUCCUGGUCUAAGUGACGUAGCGAAAGUCAAAAAUUCAAGAAGAUUUGAGAUAAAUUGAUAGAAGAAACCCAGUUAAAAUAUUUGUUUAAAAAUGUAUUUACUAACUUUUAUGACAAAAUGAAAAAUAAUAGAAAAAUUUA